CGUUUUUAUCCAGCAGGUUCUCUCACGGUUAAAGAGAAAAUCGUAUGUUUAAUUGGACUUUUUGGUGUGUUAAAGUUCACUUUAUGUCCUGUCUCCUUGUUUCAGAACGGACAGACUCCCCUGAUGGUGGCAGCAGAGCAGGGCAGUCUGGAGAUACUACAGGAGCUCAUUAGGAGAGGAGCCAACGUUAACCUGGACGAUGUUGACUGCUGGACGGCGUUGAUCUCGGCGGCUAAGGAGGGACACAUCGAGGUGGUGAGGGAGCUGCUGGAGAACAAUGCCAACCUGGAGCACAGAGACAUGGGAGGCUGGACUGCUCUCAUGUGGGCAGCCUAUAAAGGUCGUACAGAUGUGGCCCAGCUGCUCCUAGAAAAAGGAGCUAACCCGAACAUCACUGGACAGUACAGCGUAUACCCCAUUAUCUGGGCGGCGGGUCGAGGCCACGCAGAGAUUGUCCAUCUCCUGCUGCAGCACGGCGCCAAGGUCAACUGCUCAGACAAGUAUGGCACCACUCCUUUGAUUUGGGCUUCGAGGAAGGGCCACUAUGAGAGUGUGAUGCACCUCCUGGCCAACGGGGCUGAUGUGGAUCAGGAAGGAGCAAAUUCGAUGACGGCUCUGAUCGUGGCAGUGAAAGGCGGCUACACCGAGGUCGUCAAGGAGCUGCUGAAGAGAAACCCGAACGUUAACAUGACCGACAAGGACGGCAACACAGCCCUCGCCAUCGCCGCCAAGGAGGGACACACGGAGAUUGUGCAGGACUUGCUCGACGCUGGCACCUAUGUCAACAUUCCAGACAGGAGCGGGGAGACGAUGCUGAUCGGAGCCGUCAGAGGAGGCCAUGUGGAGAUAGUCCGAGCUCUGCUGAACAAAUACGCCGAUAUUGACGUCAGGGGCCAGGAUGGAAAGACUGCCCUCUACUGGGCAGUGGAAAAAGGCAACGCCACCAUGGUGAGAGACAUCCUGCAGUGUAAUCCUGACACCGAGAGCUGCACCAAGGAGGGAGAGACCCCACUUAUCAAAGCCACCAAAAUGAGAAGCAUCGAGAUAGUGGAGCUGUUGCUGGAUAAAGGAGCCAAGGUGUCUGCAAUCGACAAGAAAGGAGACACGCCCCUCCACAUCGCCAUCCGUGGGCGAAGUCGAAAGUUGGCCGAGCUGCUGCUGAGAAACCCCAAAGAUGGCCGCCUGUUGUACCGCCCCAACAAAGCUGGCGAGACGCCGUACAACAUCGACUGCACCCACCAGAAGAGCAUCCUGACGCAGAUAUUUGGAGCCAAGCACUUGUCCCCCUCGGAGUCAGAUGGAGACAUGUUGGGUUAUGACCUAUAUAGCAGCGCUUUAGCAGAUAUCCUCAGUGAGCCCACCAUGCAGCCGCCAAUCUGUGUUGGCCUGUACGCUCAGUGGGGUAGCGGCAAGUCCUUCCUCCUUAAAAAACUGGAGGAUGAGAUGAAGACUUUUGCCGGCCAGCAGAUUGAGCCGUUGUUCGAGUUCUCCUGGCUGGUGGUCUUCCUCACCCUGCUGCUCUGCGGCUCAGUGGCCCUUGUCCUGGGCUUUACCGUUGAUCCCAAGCUGGCGAUCGCCGUCUCCCUCAGCCUCCUCGCGCUGCUCUACAUCUUUUUCGUGUUGGUGUACUUCGGGAGCCGACGCGAGAGAGAGAGCUGGAACUGGGCGUGGGUCAUCAGCACCCGUCUGGCUCGCCAGGUCGGCUACCUGGAGCUGCUGCUCAAGCUGAUGUUUGUCAACCCUCUGGAACUUCCUGAGCAGACCACUCGUGCCCUACCUGUCAGGUUCUUGUUCACAGAUUAUAAUCGUCUGUCCAGCGUUGGAGGAGAGACCUCCAUGGCUGAAAUGAUUGCCACAUUGUCAGACGCUUGCGAGAGGGAGUUUGGCUUCUUGGCCACCAGGCUCUUCAGGGUUUUCAAAAACGACGAGGUCCAAGGUCAGAAAUGGAAGAAAACUUGUUGUGUUCCUUCGUUUGUGCUGUUUGCCGUGACACUAGGCUGCCUAAUCACUGGUAUGGCACUGCUGGCUAUCUUUAAGGUGGACCAAGCGAAUCUGACAGUAAAUGCCGUGUUGAUAGCCAUGGCCAGUGUGGUGGGCCUGGCCUUACUGCUCAACUGCAGGACCUGGUGGCAGGUGGCUGACUCUGUCUUCAACUCCCAGAGGAAACGCCUGCACAGCGCUGCCAACAACCUGCACCAACUCAAGAGUGAAGGAUUUAUGAAGGUUUUGAAGCAUGAAGUGGAGCUGAUGUCUAAAAUGGCCAAAACUAUCGAUGGCUUCACCCAGAACCAAACACGCAUGGCGGUGAUCAUUGACGGCCUGGACGCUUGUGAACAGGACAAAGUGCUGCAGAUGCUAGACACGGUGAGGGUGCUCUUCUCCAAAGGCCCUUUCAUCUCCAUCUUUGCCAGCGACCCUCACAUCAUCAUCAAAGCUAUCAACCAAAACCUCAACAGCGUGCUGAGAGACUCCAAUAUCAAUGGACACGACUACAUGAGGAACAUUGUCCACCUGCCCGUGUUCCUCAACAGCAGAGGACUCAGUACGGCCAAAAAACUUUGCAUGGCAACGCCCACCAACGGAGAGGCGGUCCCUGCCGAGGGAUGGCAUGAAGACAUGGACAGGAAGCUAUCUCAGGGCAGCCUGGCCCCAGACCAGGCCAAGUUUGGCAGCAAGAGCACCCUUAAUCGCAGGGACACGUACCGACGCCGCCAGAUGCAGAGGACCAUCACCAGACAGAUGUCCUUCGACCUGACCAAGCUGCUGGUGACGGAGGACUGGUUCUGUGACAUCAGCCCACAGACCAUGAGGAGGCUGCUCAACAUCGUUUCUAUCACAGGUCGUCUGUUGCGGGCCAACCAGAUCAUCUUCAACUGGGACCGACUGGCGUCGUGGAUCAACCUGACAGAGGAGUGGCCUUACAGGACGUCGUGGAUCAUCCUCUUUAUGGAAGAGGCUGAAGGAGUGUCUGACCAGGUCACGCUCAAGACAAUCUAUGAGAGGUAUACACGAUACAAACCCACAGAUACAAGAUUUACAGGCUUCUUUAAGCCAUCUAC